UCGAUGUGUUUCCUCUUCAAGCAUCAGUCACUCACUCUUUGCGCACCAGUCCCUCUGUGAUCGCCCAGCAGUGGAAGUCUCUCUGUUGGAUUGUGUGUGUGUGCGCGCACAGGGGGACUGCAGAAAAUGGCCAGUGCUACUGAAGAUCCUGAUGACGAGUAUUAUGAAGAAUAUGGCCCAGAUGUUGGGGUGUGUAAGACAGACAUGUUCGACAAAGUGUACCAUCACCUCAGCCUGUACGUCCAUUCCAUCAUUGUUGUGCUGGGGUUGCUGGGCAACCUACUGGUCAUCGUCACGUAUGCCUUCUACAAGAAGACCAAGUCCAUGACGGAUGUGUACCUCCUCAAUGUGGCGGUGGCAGAUGUUCUCUUCGUGGUGGUGUUGCCCCUCAUCAUCUACAACGAGCAGCAUAACUGGGUGAUGGGUGAUGGGGCCUGCAAGGUCCUGAGUGGCGCCUACAGUCUCAACCUGUACAGUGGUGUGCUUCUGCUGGCCUGCAUUAGCGGCGACCGCUACCUCGCUAUUGUCCGCGCUAGCAGCUCAAGAUGCAUCCGCUCCCGCACCCUUGUCUACAGCCAUGCCAUCUGCUUUACCGUCUGGGUGAUGGCGCUUCUGCUGUCCCUGCCCACAUUCAUGUACUCAACAACUGAUAUUCCCCAACCUGAAACAAUCAUGAUUGGUGAAGCAUUUGACAAUUCCACAGCUGAAGAUGCAGAAUUAGUGGAGUGUAUGCUUUACUUUCAAAGCAAUCAGACGGCAGAUCUCAUGAAGAUCUUGAUCCCUGGCCUGCAGAUGUCGAUCGGGUUCCUGCUGCCCCUGAUGGUGAUGACCUUCUGCUACACCUGCAUCAUCCACACACUGCUCAAGGCCCGCAACUUCCAAGGGCACAAGGCGGUGCGGGUGGUGCUGAUGGUGGUGCUGGUGUUUGUUCUCUGCCACCUGCCCUACAACCUUACCCGUCUGGUACACACCAUCACUCUGUCUGAGGAGAGGGACUGCACUACAGAGAUCUCCUUCAUGGUGGGACUCAGCGUCACUGAGACUCUGGCCUAUCUACACUGCUGCCUCAACCCCUUCCUGUACGCCUUCAGUGGCGUGCAUUUCCGUAACCACUUCCAGAAGGUUCUGCGGGACCUGUGGUGUGUGGGGAAGGACUACAUGCGUGCGCAACGCCCCUCUUCCCACCUCACCUCGGAGGUUUGCCUGUCCAUGCGCAAGUCACUCGACGGACCCAACACGGACAACAGCAUGUCCUUCUCCAUCCCAACGGAUCCCCUCAGGACUUCCUUUUACUUUAGUUCGGACAAAAUGCUAAGAAUGCACAUUUAGGCUAGCCUGGAAGAAUCCAAACUUAGGCACGAAGGGAAUGUCUGACAACUCAUGAUUGGGAUUCCUUACCAACACUUGCAUCACGACGGGCACUAACUUUGAAAUCAUUGGUCCAGCCUUACCAAUUACAUUCAUCAGAGAUUCGUAACGUUACUUCCUACUUUGCCUUAACAUUAUGUCGCUGAUUGGCCUGACAAUGCUGGCACUCACUAGCCAAGCUAAGUUCAUGCUAUGAAGCUAAAAUGAGUUGAUAACAGCUUUCGCCAAGCUGUCAUGCUAUGGACGAAACUGAGCUGUUAACCAACCAAGCAAUCAAGCAGCUUAGCUCGCUAAAUAUUAAUGAGAAAUGGCACAAAUCGAACCAGGCUGCAGGUUUUCCAUACCAGGCCAAAAUGGUUUGAAACGAGGUAACCACGGCAUUUUUUUCCACAAAAAACUUCAGACAUCCUAUCAUGAGAGGCAUAAAAAGCCAUCAUAAAGCAUACAGUGUCAUAACCUCGAAAGUUACUGCAGCAUUGGUGUUUAUCACAGAUAACAAACCCCUGAUGAUAUUGUUUGAAAUAAUACUUGUAUUGUAUUAGUCUUGCCACAUGUAGUAGAUGCCACAUGAUCACUUUAUGGUUAAACUUGACCUUGAUCCUUUUGUGUAAAUGUUUAUGAUGCAUGAUCAAAGGUGACUUGCUUAUUUCUUUAUCCUUACAACUGUCUUAUUUUAGGAAGUUCCGUUUAGACAGUACAGUUUUUUUUUUUUUUUUCCAGCAUAGGCUUUUGGUUUUGCUUUGGCAUUUUCCUGCUCGUUUCCCGUUAGCAUAGGUGUGUGUGUGGUUUUGCUGUGUUUCCUCUUCAAGCAUCGGUCACUCGCUCUUUGCGCACCAGUACCUCUGUGUUUCUGGACGUUUGCUUGUUUAUUUAUUUUGUUCAAAUGUACCUUAUUUUUCGUACCUUAUUUAUAUAACAAUAGUGUAUGUGUGUGCGUGCCUGUGUGU